GAUAUUUAGUCACAGCCAAGAAAAAUUUAUUACAAAAAAUCACAGGUGGUUAUUUUUGAAUAUUUCGGUAUUUUAUACACUUGGACGGAUAUCAAACUACAAUUAAUAUUGGCAAGUGAUCAUAAAAUAUUCGAUAUGGCUGUUUAUAUUUGGAUUAUAUCGGCGAGAGCCGCCAAUACAGACAGUGACUUGCGAAGGAAAUCCGCGGGCAAAAUAAAAAAAGAAAAAUGCAGUCUUCAAAUAUUUACAAGUUUUUCCCCGAUGUGUUAAGAAAACAAAGCAGCAGAAAUAAAGAUAAAGACAUGCCUUGUCUUGGAGAUAAUCCGAAGGAGUGCGUCUGCAAGAUUUCACUCCUAGAUGACACUUCAUUCACGCUCACAAUCAAGACAUCAGAAAAAGGGCAAGUCCUGCUGGAUAAAGUAUAUGAGCAACUAAAUCUAAUAGAAACAGACUAUUUUGGCCUGAGAUAUCUGGAUGAUAGCAACCAAACUCACUGGCUGGGUGCUUUGAAGAAAUUGGGUUCCCAGUUGAAAUCAGGAUCUCCCUACACAUUCUACUUUGGGGUGAAAUUCUACCCAGCAGACCCUUGUAAACUACAUGAAGAGAUCACCAGGUACCAGUUUUUCUUGCAAUUGAAGAAAGACAUUCUACAAGGACGUCUGCCUGUGGAUUUUGAUACAUCUGCUGAGUUGGCAGCAUAUGCCGUGCAAUCUGAACUAGGAGACUUUGACCCUAACCGUCAUUACUUUGGAUAUGUCUCUGAAUUCCGCUUUCUUCCACAACAGACCCCUGAUUUUGAAGAGUUGGUCAUGGCAAUGCACAAAGCCCUUGUUGGACAAGUACCAGCUUUGGCAGAAUACAAAUACCUGGAUAAAGCUAAAUGGUUGGAAAUGUAUGGUGUAGACCUUCACCCUGUUUUGGGUGAGGGUUCAGUUGAGUACUUUGUUGGUCUCACCCCAACUGGUGUUGUUGUCUACAAGAAUAAACAGAAAGUUGGAAACUACUUCUGGCCAAGAAUAACAAAGGUGACGUUCAAGGAUAAAACAUUCAAGAUCAAAGUCAAGGACAAAGUUAAUAAGGAGAAUAUAUAUGGGUUUACUUUGGCCUCUAAAGCUGCCUGUAAACAUUUGUGGAAAUGCUGUGUGGAACAUCAUGCUUUCUUUAGGUUGACACAGGUACAGAGUUAUGUAGGAACAGCUGGGAAACUUUUCAGUCUAGGUUCUCAGCACAGAUAUAGUGGACGCACAGAGCGAGAAAAUCAGGUACCUUCUAUGAACAGACAACAACCAAAUGUUGUGCGCACACCAAGUAAACGACAUGAGCGUAGGAUUUCAGGAGACUCAUUCCAUAGCAAUACAGGCGUUGGGAAUAGUCUUCAGGUCCCCAAUAGCCAGUAUACCUCACCCCAGGGAAAUAUUGCAAUGCCAGAGCCUGUAAGAACCCCAUCUGCAAUGAGACGUGGGACCCCAGCGGCCCCUGACUCUCCCCAUAGUGUACGCUCCACCCCCUGGGACCAAGAUGAACCAAAAGGUGGUCUCUACACAAGUGGAAGGGAUUCCCCAGUGUCCGUACGGAGUGAGAGGCUCAUGUUUCCAGGACAUAAGCGUGUGCAAUCAGUCAGCGAAUCAGAAAGCGGUUACAAACGAAGGCAUCAUCACAGUAGAAGAGAUGAUGUGGAUAGUGAGCUAGCUAGGAUCAACAGGAGAAGCAGACCACGAGGGGCAGACACAAGUGGAAGUGAAUCAGAAGCCUCACAUAGACACCAUCAUCGUCAUCGUAGGCCAAACUCGGUAGGUCAGCCACUCACUGGAGAUGCACAGUGGCGGGCUGCCAACCAGCGAGAAAAAGACAAUAAAUUUUUUAGUGGGAAAGGAGAGAAUAAAGAUGGCUCUGAACAUUCAUUGGGCUCAGGGAAUAGUAAACAUAGUCACAGGAGACGAAGGAGGUCUCGCAGUAAAUCACCCAAGAAUCAACUUAGGGAUGAACUAAAACAACAUUUUGUCUAUGAGUUGGUGGACCCUAAAGAUGUAGAUCCAGAACUGCUACAAGAUAUUCCAUAUGUUACUGUUGAAACGAAAGCACCAAACUAUAGAGCACCAUUCAAACACUCUCCACAUUCCCGUCAUCGACACAAAUCACCAAGACCAAGAAGUCAAGGAGAACUAAGUGAUCAUAGCUCUCAUUUUCACCGAGAGCCAGUUGAGAGCACAUUCCAUGAAUCAACACCCCAUCGUGAGCUGGGUCCUUCGGAGCCUCCUACACCCCAGCAAGAUCCCCAUGACUCAACCAGCCAGCUACGUGUACACGAUCACCCUCAACAAUCACGGGGACUUAACACUAGCAAAAGCAGUAAUAUUAAUCAAAAGGUGGCUCCACCGACAUACAACUCAGCAAUGCAGUCUAGAUAUUCAAAUGGCCAAGGAAAUUCCCAAGGUCAAGGGCAUCCCCAAGGUCAAGGGCAUCCCCAAAGUCAAGGACAUUCCCAAGGUCAUGGACAAUCACAGGGUUAUGAGAAACCCCCAUCCAUGUUCAAUUCUAGUAGUGUGUAUAGGAGCCCCUAUAAAUCUGAUCAAAACGCAGUUGUAACACAGAUCAUUUCAACACAACCUGAGCAGACCCCUACAAAGCAUCAUGGUUUUCGCAGUCUUCAUAAUGCUGAUGGAAAGAGCCCAUAUGGAAAGGACUCCAGUUCAAACCACACACCCAGCUAUGUACCAUCUCAAAAUGGCACCCCAAAUGGUUACCAAAGUUACCAGAACAAAUACUCAUCCAGACAGGAUGGCACUGUUGCUGGAAAUUUACCUCGUGAGAACCAGGAAGAGACUGUUGUCGGGCCAGGAAGCAAUAGUUACAUGCAGUUUAAUGGGACAAAUAGGCAAAAUAAUGCAUCCAAAGAGGUGCACAACCAGAGCCACCAACAGCAAUCCCCAGCACCAAAAUUGUUUCAACCUAUCGACCAAUCAAGCCCCUCGCACAUGCUCCAGUCUACGUCUGAAGGAACACCUUACCAGAAUGUACCGAAUCACUAUAGAAACCAACCUGGCCACCGUAGCAAUAACUCUGGUCACCAUGGCAACCAGUUCAGUCAACAUAGCAACCAAGGUGGUAACUAUAACAACAGUACUAGCAAGCAAUAUACAAGCUAUACCAUGACGGAGAACUCUCGGUUAAUUUCUCCAAAUAAGGACACAAGUAUGAAUGGAAGUGUUGUAAAUAGCAAUAAUAAUGAUGGCAAAAAUUACAGUAACUAUGGCAACAGUCCUUAUAAACAAGGUAGCCCACAACAGAGCAAUAACAACACUUCAGUUUCACCAAAUAAACAAGCAAAUGGACUUGUUGGAAAUUUUAACACAUAUGAUCAGAGUCCAGGUGCAAGAAGGCGUAAUAACCGCAAUAACAUGGGAGAUACAUAUGCUAGUUCUCCCUCUAGGCGAGAUAUCGCACCGAGAAAUGAGGAUUUUGAUGCCAAGAGUAAAACAGACUAUGGUGUCAAUAUGUAUCAAGCCAGGCCAGUUAGAAAUUUACUUACAGAACUUUGAUAAAAAGUGUAAGAUUGCAGUGCAAGCCUGAGUUUGGGAUUGCUAAUCACGUUGAGAUUUGGAUGAUAAUGAAUACUAGGUAAUAUUUGUAUCGCAAAAUAUACUGUCUAAUAUACUGUCAAGCUUCAUGCAAGACUAGUCUAGUAUUUUGACUCCAUGACAGCGAUAUCUGAUGCUGAGAAUGGUUUACCCACAAUGCCUUUAGGUCAAGCUUUCAAAACAAUAAAAUGGGUUGCCAAAACUUUUUAUGUAGAAGUACAUUUGAAAAGAGAAACACAGAGAGAUUUUACAGAAAUAUGAGUUAUUGAGAAGUUAUGAGAUAUCAUUAUAUACCUCAUAUGUAUUCUAGAUGCUCAUUGGCUUAUUCAUGGUCACAUGAUAUGACAUAGAUGAACUAAUUC